CUCCGCCUCCGCCCUCCUCCUCGGUCUCCAGCCGCCAGCCAACCGCGCGGCCGCUUGUUGAGCCGGGGCUCCUCUGUCUCCAUGACGCCCGGCAAACAUUCCCGAGCCUCAGCCGGAACCGCUAACGCCGGGGGCUGGGGUACCGGGACUCCAGAAGCAGCUAGGGAAGGGGGUGGCCGACCACUCCACAGCCUGUCGCCACCAUGCCCGUCUCUCCAGUAAACAGCCGCAAGCAGCAGAACCUCUGGUUGAGCAUUGGCCCACAGCCAAAGAAAUCUAUUAGCUUUACUAACACAGUAAAAGGAGGGCAAACAAAAGGAUAUCUUGGUGCAAACCAAAGCAGAAUGGCGAUGUCAAAAACCUUGAUGGUUCUACCUGAGAUAAAAACAGAAAAAAUGAAUAUGCCCACCGUAAGGACACCCAUACAGGUAAUUAAUGCACUUGGAGUUGAUGUUACUCCCCGACCUCUUUACCAACAAGACCCACAUAUGGGAACAGCAAAGCCAAAUAAACUAUUUACAUCACAAGAAGGAUCAUAUGGAUCAGAAUAUAUAUCCUCCUAUAGCCUGUAUCAGAAUACAAUAAAUCCUAGUAUGUUAGGGCAGUUUACAAGGUCAGUUUUAGGAAGUAGUACAGUUUCUAAAUCAAGUUUAUCUACUACUGACUCAAUAGCAGAAGACCUCGAAGAACCAUCCUACAGACGGGAAAAACUGACUAGUUUUACAGAUUUACGAGUUGUGAGGGCAACACCUGAAAAAAUUGUAACAAAAGAAGACCUACAGAAGACUAUAGAGAUAAUACUCACAGAGACAGAAACACUGAGGUUUUUUAACCUACCAACAGUCAUGGUUUCUGUGGAAUCUGAAGAAGCUGCGAAGGUCAUUCGGAGAAACAGGACUUAUGAGACCCUCUGUAGAAAUAGAUUAGGCAAUGACUUAUAUGUUGAAAGGAUGAUGCAGACUAUUAAUGGAGCUCCAAAGAAUAAAGAGGUUCAAUGUGACAAAAUCGUAAAGGAAGACAAAGGUAUAAUGUCCAGUACUUGGGAUUUGUAUGAUUCUUAUAAUACUAUGGAGCUUUCAUCUUUACCAACAAAACAAUCUAUGCUUGAAUCAAAUACUAAAGCAAGUAUAGCUUCUAAAGAUCAUGAGCAAAGAGUACCAGGGAGUACUAUAGAAAAAAACAGUGAAGCUAGUUCUUUAAUGGAUAUAGAAAACGUAAUUCUGACUAAAAUCCAUGAUGAUGAAGAGGAUCGCUCAGAGUCAAUAAUGAAAUCUGACAAGUUUCGUCAGGAUUUAUUUUUUAUGGAACGAGUUCUAAUGGAAAAUUUAUUUCAGCCCAAACUUGCAGCUUAUCGUCAGCUUCCUGUUUUAAAAGAACCAGAACCUGAAGAACCUGAAGACUUUCUAGAAGGUGAAAAACUUGAACAAGAGACAGAGGAAGAGGUUAAGAAGGAAGAGGAAGAAGAAAUAGAAAUAAGUACAGAACAGUCAACAAUACCAGCCAAUUUGGAACGACUUUGGUCCUUUUCCUGUGACUUAACCAAAGGUCUUAAUGUGAGCAGCCUUGCCUGGAAUAAAACAAAUCCUGACCUUUUGGCUGUUGGCUAUGGGCACUUUGGAUUUAAAGAGCAAAAAAGAGGAUUGGCUUGCUGCUGGUCAAUAAAGAAUCCUACGUGGCCAGAACGCAUUUAUCAGAGUCCACAUGGAGUUACUGCUGUGGAUUUCUCAAUUGGAGCACCUAAUCUCCUAGCAGUUGGCUAUCACAAUGGCAACAUUGCCAUUUAUAAUGUGCAGAGCAACAGUAAUGUUCCAGUUCUGGAUAGUAGUGAAUCACCUCAAAAACAUUUGGGACCUGUAUGGCAACUACAGUGGAUAGAACAAGAUCGAGGGACAACAGGUGAUGACAAAAGAGAAAUACUUGUUUCUAUAUCAGCAGAUGGAAGAAUCUCCAAAUGGGUGAUACGGAAAGGACUAGACUGUCAUGAUUUGAUGCAUUUAAGGCGAACUACUACUAGCAACAGCAAAAGGGGAGGGGAAAAGGAAAAAAAAGGUGAAGCUCUGAUAUCUCGACAGGCUCCUGGAAUGUGUUUUGCUUUUCAUCCUAAGGAUACAAAUAUCUAUUUGGCUGGCACUGAAGAAGGUCAUAUUCACAAAUGUUCCUGUUCGUAUAAUGAGCAAUACUUAGAUACCUACAGAGGACAUAAGGGCCCAGUGUAUAAAAUAGCAUGGAACCCAUUUUGUCAUGAUGUGUUCUUAAGCUGUUCUGCAGAUUGGGGUGUUAUUAUAUGGCAACAGGAGAGCACCACACCCUUUUUGAGCUUUUAUCCAACAACUUCUGUUGUUUACGAUGUUGCCUGGUCUCCAAAAUCCUCCUAUAUAUUUGCAGCUGCAAAUGAGAGCAGAGUGGAGAUUUGGGACCUUCACGUCAGCACCUUGGAUCCUCUCAUUGUGAAUGUUGCUAACCCUGGAAUCAAGUUCACAACUGUUCUCUUUGCCAAACAAACAGAUUGCCUUCUAGUGGGCGACAGUGAUGGACAGGUUGCUGUGUAUGAACUAAGAAAUAUGCCCACUACUUUGGAUUCUGGCCGGGGAGAUAUAAUAAAUACUUUGCUUGGACCCAAGCCAAACCGAUAAGGAUAAUUCAUCAUUACUAAUAUUUUCUCUUGUUGCCGUUUAAAGAAAAAGAAACAGUGUUUCAUGUCCAAUUAUCCAAUUUGUAUGCAGUAAACUGGGAUUUUGAUGUUAGAAAAUGAUAUUUUAUGUAUAACCUCUAUUUCAACUUAACAUAAAUUUAAUAAACUUUUAUUUCAGAGAUAUGUAAUUAGUUUGAGAUCUAGACUAAUUGUAAGAGUUUUGCUGAGAUUUUCUUAAUAUUUUUAGUCAUAUUCGAAGUACAUAUAACUACAUAUAUGUACUUAUAAAAUAUCCAAAUCAGUCAGAAAAUUAUUAUUCCAUUAGAAACAAAGCUUGGAAAUUAUUAGAAUUACUUAUAGCAAAAAUCUUUACAAGAUGAAGUACCAUAGACUUUUAAAUCUUCUGCUUUCCAAGAUCUAUUUUCUAGAGUUUAUGAAUUACACAUGUAUUAGUGUUAUGAGAAUAUUGAAUUCUUACACCGAACUUUAAAUCAGAAUUUUAUCCUAGAUUUGAAAGAAAUGAAGCUAUGAAACUUUGUUAGACUAUUUGACAAGCAAAAGACAUUUGACAUGGCAAAUGUCAAAUUUGCUUUGUUUAGCCACCAGGCAUCACACUCCCAAUUCAGGGAGAAAAAUUAAUCUGGGACACAUCAGGGCACCCUCCUCUGCGUGCUCCAAAUCUGCUAUGGGUUUUAAACCCAAACUUAAGUGGGCCCAGAGAGAAAAUGGAAAGUCCUCAAUCUAUAGUUGGCAUCGGGAUGUUAUCUUAUGAAAGAUUCUAGAGCUAACUCGUGGAUACAGGAGGAGUGGGAGGCAGCAACUCCCUCAGACAGUUUGCUAACAGCCUAUUCCAUGCUGUUUGUUAGAACAAGUCCUGCAUUUUGUUAGCUGAGUCCAUAGGACGGUGUGGCUUGUUUUGUAAAGCAUUCCAAGUGGAGAGGAAACGAUAAGGCAUGUGAAACUCACUAAACUCUCUGAAAAAAAAAAAAAAAGUAUGUAUAAAACUAAGAAUGGAAUCUGUGCAACAAUAGAAACUGCCUUUUGUAAGUGUCUGUUACUUCACAGUCUCUAUUUCUUUGGAGCCAUCCUUUAAACAAAAGCAGAGUGCUCAGGUCAGGUAAUAAGAAUUACAAAUUUUCUGCUGAUAGAAUUCAUUGCGGUUCAUCUCUGUCUUUCUGAAAGGUUGGACUUUCCAUGACACUCUGUGUAACAAAAUAAAAACUUUAUUUCUUUGAAAAAAA